AUGGACAAUUUUCCACCGCAAGUACAGCAUAUUUUGGAACCCGCCUUCGGCAUUCUUUCGGCCACGCAACUUACUCAAAUGGCCGAUCGGCUUAUGGAGAUGCGCGGUUUUUCCAAGCCGUCUAUUUCAGCACUCUCAACUCCCUCAACUCCUCCUGCGUCUUCCGUUUCGCAGUUAGAGAUUGAGCUCAACAAGCUGGCCGAUGAUAUAGCCGCUCUCCACAAGCCCACAGUUUCUACCUCAUCUCGGAGCCAACCGAAGCCGUCCACCCCGCAUGCCCAAUCUUUUCAUUCAGCCCGUCCAAACGCAGCUGCCACCUGCUGGUACCACAUCACCUUCGGUGCUAAAGCCCGUCGCUGCGUCUCUCCUUGCUUCUUCACCUUCAAGCAGAGCAAACGGGUAAAACCGGCUAGCCCGAAGGUCAGUGCAGCCAAUCUUUCCGACAGCACUAACCCUGGUCACACAUUUUACGUCCGCGACACCAGGAGUAGCAGACGUUUCUUGGGUGACACUGGUGCCCAACUAAUUGUCAUUCCACCCACACCAGCUGAUCGUCGGUGCCCCAAUCCCGGUCUUUUCCUACAGGCCGUCAACACAUCGCCGAUUACCACAUUUGACACCUGCUCCCUCUCUCUGGACAUCGGUCUCCGGCGCCUCUUCCCUUGGGUCUUCGUCGUUGCUGACAUCCCCUGUGCAAUACUCGGUGCAGAUUUCCUCGCCGCUUUCGAUCUUCUGGUCGACUGCCGUCAGUCAUGUCUACACGACAAGACCACCAACCUCACUGUGCGGGGUAUCUCUUCCUCCGACGCCUCCCGUCAUCUUGCUGUCUUGGACCCUGAACCCGAGAAUCCAUUUCGGCAACUCCUCGCCAAAUACCCCGGCCUCACUCGUCCCAACUUCAACGUUUCUACUCCACCACAUGACGUUGUUCCCCACAUUCGGACCAUCGGCCCUCCCGUGUUUUCUUGCCCCCGCCGUCUCGUGCCGGCACGUCUUGCUGCCGCCAAGGCCGAAUUCGAGCACAUGCUUCAAAUGGGCAUCAUCCGUCAGUCUGAAAGCCCAUGGGCCUCACCCCUCCACAUGGUUCCAAAGGCCGCCACUGGUGACUGGCGCCCCUGCGGUGAUUACAGGGCCCUGAACAACGUUACUGUCCCGGGCCGCUAUCCUGUCCCACAUCUUCAGGAUUUUGCCGGUGCCCUAUUCGGCAAGUCUGUAUUCUCGAAGAUCGAUCUGGUCCGUGCUUUCCACCAAAUUCCCAUAGCCCCAGAGGACGUUUCGAAGACGGCCGUUACCACCCCGUUUGGCCUCUUUGAGUUCCUGCGCAUGCCGUUUGGACUUCGAAACGCCUCCCAGACCUUCCAAAGGUUUGUAGACAGAGGGCUUCGCGGCCUACCAUUUGUCUACACCUAUAUCGAAGACCUUCUGGUAGCCAGCUCCACCACCGAAGAACACAUGGAACAUCUUACAACGGUGAUUGAUCACCUUAAACAAUUUGGCGUUGUUCUAAACCCGUCCAAGUGCGUCUUCGGUGUGCCUCCAUAG